GUUGGCCCGAACAGAGUACAUAAUUCGCAACCUCGGUUGACCCAUGAGAGUAGAGGAACAUGUGUAUCCCACAAUAAUUCUUCAUUCAACUCAGCGUCGGAAACAAUGUCCUCAACAAACCCAGAGCUGAGACAGCAAGUCGUGUCAAUUUACAAGCAGCUCUUGUACCUCGGCCGUGAUUACCCUCAGGGAUACAAUUACUUCCGCCCUCGCAUACACAGGGCCUUUAUGGCCAAUGCUAGCCUGACGGAUGAAGCGGAGAUACGUCAAGCCAUUGCGCGGGCGCAGUUUGUUCAGAAGGAUUGA